AUGUCUGGCCAAUCGGAGAACCAGGGGCUUGGCCUCGACGAGAACUUUGAGCUUGACGAAUUGGACACGGGCGACAACCCGGCGUUGCUUGCCGACGAGGGCGAGCCCCAGUUCGACGUGGGCAAAAUGGAGUUCGAUAACGCCAACGGGUUCGACUUCAUCGACGAGGAUAAAAAAGAAGACUCGUCCGACUUGUUUGACAUCCCUGACGCCCCCACCGACGACAAACCUGCGGACGCGGAAGACGUGGCUAAAGACGCCAUGGACGUGGACCAGCCGGAGGCUGAACUAGCUACCGACAAUGACGUCAACGUCAAGCCCGACCCGGAAGAUUCUGCUGCUAAACAAGAUGACGUCGUCGAUAGUCUAACUACGGAAGAGGUUAUUGGCCCCGAUGUGCCCUCGACUACCACUACCAAGGAGGCCACCUCUGCUGACGGCACCGCGCCUCAGGAACUGGAGGACGCGAAGCCAGCUGAGACUUCUGAGAUUGCUGAACCAAAAGAUGAACAACUGAAAAAUCUGGACGACCUGACAAAGCCGGAGGACGAGUCUACUACUAAACCUGUUGACGACUCUACUGAUAAGGCUGAGCCAUCAAAGUUGACCGAGUCUAAGGAGAAGGAGAAUGCGAAGCUGACGGAGCCCACUACCGCUAAGGACACCGCUGAACCUAGCGAGCCCGCUGCCAUACUAACUAAUGAUGAUAAGCUGAAACUGGAGGGGGCGCCUCAAGUGAAGGACGAAGACGAAUUGUUCCCUAAGGAACCGAAAAAGAAAGGUCGCAAGCGCAUCGUCGACGACGACGAAGAAGACUACGUCGAACCGGAAGAGGACGACGAGUCUGACGACGCCGACGACGAGCCGGUGGCGCCUACCGACCCCCGCCUGUUAGUGACGCAAACCCACACCAUCAUAAUACCCUCAUACGCCCUGUGGUUCCUGAUGAAGAAGAUCCACGCGAUCGAGAAGGAGACGUUGCCCGAGUUCUUUGAAGGCUCCCACCCGCUGAAGUCGCCGAAAAUCUACAUUAAUUACCGAAACUUCAUGGUCAACGCCUACCGUCUCAACCCCAACGAGUACUUGACCCUCACCCUGUGUCGACGUAACCUUGUCGGUGACGUGGGUACGUUAAUGCGUGUCCACCGCUUCCUCACGCGUUGGGGGAUCAUCAACUACCAAGUGCAACCGCAGCUCAAACCGGGGUUUGUCGACCAAAAGGGAAGCCAACAGGUUGGUCUUCCCUAUGCUGGUGACUACGUCGUCAAGUACGACGCUCCGCGGGGGUUGUUCCCCUUUGACACCAUCAAGGUUAACCCCGACCGGAUUGACGUGGCUCACGUGAAGAAACUCAUGGAAAAAGAGGGUCUUAUCAAAGAGACGAGCAAAGCCAACUCGGAAACCGAGUCUAAGGAAGACGACGCUUUCGGUGACCUCAUGAACUUGCUGGGGGCUUCUUCAAAGCGUAACUCUCCUGAGGCCGAGGAAAAGACUAACGGCUCCGUCGACGCUCCUGCGAGAAAGCGCCGUCGUGUAGUGGAGUGGUCCGACGCAGAGACUGACAAAUUAGUCAAAGCGAUCAAGGAACACCCCAGUGACUGGUACAAAGUCUCGGAAAUUGUGGGCAAGUCCCCGCAAGAGUGUGUGUUGCAAUUCCUCCAAAUUCCCAUUGAUGACCUGUUUAAUGAUUUCUCAAGCCUCCCUCAAGGAGACCGGGUGGCUCAAUUACUCAAAUACGCCCCCAACUUCCCCGUGCUGUCAGUGGAUAAUCCCGUGGUGCUGAUGCUUGCAUACGUAUCGCAAUUGGUAGACCCUGAAGUCGCCAAGGCCGCCAGUAACGGCGGGAAGGAAGCCAUCAAUAAGAUUUUGGAGGAGAAAGCCAACUCAGACUUGGACGGGGUCAAGAAGGAAUCCAGUCCGGUUCAAGACGCCGUGGCUACCACGUUGGGGGUGAUUGGGGCCCGACUGCAUUUGUUUGCAACUUAUGAGGAAAGAGAGAUGUCUAAACAUGCUACAACUAUCGUCAACCACGAGUUGGCGCGGAUUGAAGCGAAAUUAAAGAAGCUUGAUGAACUACAAACGAUUUAUGAAAGAGAACGCCGAAACUUGGUUCGCCAACAGGAGGAGGUAUUUAUUGACCGGUUAGCGCUCGCGAAGCUGACGGUGGGCGUCACCAAGAAACUCGAAGAGGCCAUCACUCUUUUGGAAGCUAAGGACACGGCUGGCGAUGUGCUGAGUUUGUUGAACGAAGCCAAACAGUUGUUAUACAAGCCUCACAAGCAAAGCUUGACCACCCUCAAAGACGGCGAGUCGGCACUGACACCAGCGUCCGACGCCGACCCCAGUGGUGCUCCGUCUGUCAAACCCGAGGAAGAGGAGGACAAGAUGAAGCCUUUGUCGAUCAAGGCGCCGCAAACGUUCCAGGUCUGGGCUCCUUAG